UUUAUUAGUUUAUGGUAACUACGAUGGCUGUCAUUGAGUUUUGUAGAAAAUAAGAAAAGAAGCUUUCAAAGUGCAUAAAUAUGAAGAUAUUUUCGUGAAUCAUGUACAUGUUUUAUAGUUUUCCAAUAGUGUUAAGUCUUGCAAUCAUUAUGCGUUAGUUAAAAUCAUUUAUAGAUGUAUAGUGAAAAAGCUUACUAAGUUCCGACGAUGGCGUCCGAUGGAGAAAUUUCUUGUACGAAUGAUCCUAAUUUCGCUGUUAUUUACUCAUUUUUAAAAGUAUUUGGCAAGUUAUAUGGCCUAUGUGUGCCUACUAUAGCUAAAUUACAAGAAUUCAUAGAGAAUACACAAGAAGUCUUGGAUCCAUUGAAGGAUAUACAUCUUAGACUGUUACGACGUGCCCUUAAGUCUGUACAGAGCAAUAAGUGGGAGAAAUAUUUAAUAAAGUUUUGUCAUCAACAUGGACACCAUCAAGAGGCUUGGGAAAUGGAAAGGUUCUCUUACAAAAAAGCUAGCACACAAGUGAAAUUAAAAGUUUUAAAGGUACUGCUGGAAUAUCAGUUCACAUGUCAUCCAAAAUUUAAAACGGCUGUUAAUGCGAUAUCAUCUAAAGAACUUAGACUGGAUCCAAUUGGAAGGGAUAAAAAUGGUUGUGUUUAUUGGUACCAAGUGGAUCAAGAGGCGAACCUUUGUUUGUUCAAAGAGGACCAGGAUGAGGAGACAUGGCAGUUAGUAGCUAGGAAUCGUGAGGAAUUAGUCAAAGUUAUAACACAAUUGAAAAAUGGAGAAGAAGUGUGUCCAUUAAUUACAUCUAAUAAUAAUGAAGACUCAAGCAGUGCUGAAAUUCCUCCUCCUUUGGAGUCAAAUAAACCUCAGGAUGAUGACGAUAAUGAGGAAGAAUUUUUAAGUCCUGAAUCUGAAUCAGAACAUGAAGAAACCCAAAAAGUUGAAAAAACCCCAGAACAAAAGUCAGAAGAAACAGAAGAGGAAUCCAAAAAUGACAAUAUAGAAACAAACACAGAAACUAAGGAAGAAGAGAAAAGUGUUGAAGGGCCUACUGAAACUCCUAGUAAUACAAAUGUCGAAACUCAUUCCGAGACUCCUAUUGAAAAUCCCAUUGUAAAUGUUACAGAGGAUGUAAAAGAAUUGGACACUCAUAAUGAUGAAUCUCCUAAAAAUAAAUGUGACCAAGAAGAAGUUAGUGAAGCAAUAGAAGAACCUGUCAUGAUUGUUACUGGUGAAGGCAAUGGGGUAGACUGUGAAAGUUCUUAUAUUAUAGGUGAUGAAAUUAUAGAAGAUGUAAUGUAUUUUUUUGGAGAAGGUUGUGGUUUUGAUAAUGAUACUGGUAAUCCAGAAGCAAUUGAACAAGCGAAUACACCCAAUGAAAACAGUGAAGAGGAGAAUGGUAAUGAAGAAUGUGUUAAUGGAGAACAUCAAGAAAUUGGUAAUUUAAGUAGUAAAAAUAAAAUAAGUAAAUCUGUAAAGUUAAAAAGUAACAUACCUUCUGUAACUAAGAGAACAUUGAGAAAACAAUCAAAUGACACAAGUGAUACAUUGAAAUCAGAAUCAAAGAAACACUGUGUUCGAAAUUCUGACAAAUCUGAAACUUCUAAACCUAUAGAAAGAGAAGGAAGUGUUAAUGAUAAAAGUACUACGGACACUGAAACUUCUAGGAAAAACAAUAUUAAAAAAAGUAUUAGUAAAGUUAAAAAGAAAAUUGAUGUAACAAAACAUAUACAGCAUGAUAAAAAAGAAGUAAUAAAUUCUGUAUCAGAGGUUGAUAAUGGACAUGACAGUAAAUCAAGUAUUAUAGAAAAGAGGAAAAGCAGUGUUUCAUCAGUGGAUCAAGAUGACGGAGAUCACAUAGAUAAUAAUAAAGAAGCAAGUCCUGAUAAAGAAAUCAAAGCUGAAGAUCCUUUGCCUCCUAAAAAAUUACGAUUAGAAACAACUCCAGAGAGUGAUGUCAACAUCUCACAUUCCAAGGACAAUGUAGAUAAGGUAGAUAAUGUAAAUAACAGUGAAAAUAUCGAAAAUACAAGUAAAGAUCCAGAAGACGUUGAAAAUGCUGUAAUAAAUAGGAAAAAGAUUAAAGCUAACAAAGGGAAGUUCAAAAGAAAAAAGUUUCUUAAAAAUACAAAUGACAAUGAUCCACUUUUAGAGAAAAGUAUUGACAAAGAUAGUGUUAAGGAUAAAAAAUCUAAAUCAUUAAAACGAUCCCUUUUAGAUGUCACUAUGAGUGAUAAAAAUAAAUCAGAAUCUCAAAGUGAGACAGAAGAUGACGAGCCUGUGACAAAAGGAAAGCGUCAGAAAAUUAAGCCCAAGAAGAUAAUAACAACUACUAGAAAAAAAGUAGAAGCUAAACUUUUAGAAAAGCAAUCAAGUGAUGAGUCUGAAGAAGAAACACUUUACAGUAUAGCUGGUAAGAAAUCAAACAAGAAAGUUCUAAAGAAGAAACCUAAAGGCAAAGAAAAAACGAAAGAAAAAGAUAAGAAAAAAACUGAUCCUCGUUCGGACGAAUCUGAUGUCGCUCCUGUUAGACAGUCCCGCAGAAUAGCACAAAUGAAGAUAAAAGAAGAAGCAGAGAGGAGACACCUGGAAGAGGUGGCUUUGAGGGAGAUGAAAAUGAUACAUAAGAAAAAAAAGAAGGAGGAGGAGGAGGAGGAGGAGGAGGAGGAGGAGGAGGAGUGGCGUGCGAGCGGCGGCAGCAGCGGCGCGGGCGCGCGGCGGCGGCGCGGCGCGGGCGCGUGGCGCGCCGCCGACUCGAGCGGGCCCGACGCCGACUCGGACUCGGACGAGCCGCUGUUCGAGCUGCACGACGAGCCCGACCUGGACUACUCGAAAUCAGACCACGAGUUCUCGCCGGAGUCCGACUUGGAGAGCGGCGAGCCAGUUGAACCGAUCAAGAGGGCGCGAACACUUCACGAGGCAGAGAGCGCGCACUCGGGUGGUUGCCGGCGCUGCGGCAGCGGCGAACAGCCCGAAUGGAUCCUGCUGUGCGACCGCUGCGACGCCGGCUACCAUGCCUCCUGCUUAAAGCCGCUGCUGCUGCACGUCCCCGACGGCGACUGGUUCUGCCCGCCCUGCAAUCACGAUAUGUUAAUAGCAUCCCUCGAAAAGGAGCUUAGUAACUAUGACGAGUUGGUAACGUCUGUAGAAGCAGAACGAGCCCGCAAGAAACUAGAGGAGCCCGAGAAACAGAGUAGUGACGAGAAGGAGAACCAGGAGAAGGAGAAAGAGGAAACUGAGGCAUCUGGCAGCAGCUCGUGGUCCUCGUCGUCGGAGGAGGAGGCGGUGUACCGGCUGCGGGCGCGGCGCCAGCUGCCCGUCAGCUACCGCGCGCAGGAGUACGACCGGCUCAUCAGCUCCGCCAUCAAGGAGGAGUAUGUGGAACCUACGACGAGCGCGGGCAACCAGGGGCGCGGUAAGGACAUAUCCACCAUCAUCGAGGCGGCCGAGGAGGAGAAACUGAAGGCCGAGAGGGAAGCUAUCGAGCAGGGUAAACCGAUCGAAGUGAAGAAGAUGCGUAAGAAGACGCGCCGAAAGCCACGCAAACUGAACUCACUGGAAGUGCCUUCCGAGGAUGACGACGAGACCGACGAGGACUUCAAGGACACCGGUAUGGAAUCGUCAUCAGAAGACAUAUCGUCAUCCGCUGAGCGGGACAGCUCGAGUGACUCGGGAUCGUCGGACUCGUUGCCUAUUAGGCGAACAGGCAGAACUGAUAAAAAAGAGCGUCCAAAAAUGACGGAAUCUUCACCCGAGGUGAAGAAGAAGAAGAAGGGCGUCUUUGAUGACAGCUCGAGCGAGUCUGGUGGGACGAAAGAGUGGUCCAACAAGCCCAGCAAGCCCAAACAUUCCAGACCGAAGUCGCGGCCGCCAAAGAAGCGGGACAAAUCAAAGCGGAGCCGCAAGCGCGGCGGCGGGCUGACGCAGUACGACGCGGAGGGGAACGUGAUCCGCGCGCGCGUGACGUACGGCGGACUCAGCGACGACGGGCCCAACGACUGGUCGCCCAAGCACCGCACGCGCCAGCGCAAGAUCAACUACACGGAGAUGCCCAACACAGAGUCCGAAGACGAGAUGCACAAAUCGAGCGGCAAGCACAUGCCGGACAGCUCGGACGAGUUCAAGCUGGAGGAGUCGGAGCUGAGCUCGGACUCGGGCUCGGAGCGCGGCGGCAGUAGUACUGCUGCUGCCGGCGCCAGCGGUACUGUUGCUGCCACCGGCGUCGACGGCGAUCGGCAGCGGGCGCUCACCGACCUCAUCAAGACGGCCGUGGUGCCGCUCGAGAAGCUGCCCGAGGACGUCACCAAGGCCAAGACCGAGGAGCUGCAGGCGCACCUCAACGCGCAGCAGGAGGCGGCGGCGGCGGCGGCGGCGGCGGCGGGGCGGGCGGCGGGCGCGGCGCGUGGUCGCGGCGGGCGCGGGCGCGGCGUGCGGGGUGCGCGGGGCGGACGCGGUCGUCCCGCCGCGGCGGGGACGGCGGGGACGGCCGGGCCCGCCGCGCCGCCGCCCGCCGCCGACGACGCGCUCGCCAAGCUCGUCGGCGUCAAGAUCAAAGAUCUAAGAACGGAUGGCACCGUACUAAGACCUAAUCAAGCGGAGCGUGAAAGAAAACGACAAGAACGCGAAGCGAAACAAGCGGAGAAGGAAGCCCGCAAGCUCGAGCGGCUCCAGAAGAAAGAAGAGAAGGAGAAGUUAAAAGAACAGAAAGCGAAGGAACGGGAGGAGAAGAAGUUAGCGAAACUAGCGCUACAAGAGAGUAAGAGAAUGAAGAAAGAGAAGCCGGAGUAUCCGAUAUCGGGUCCGGUGGGACCGGUGGGCCCGGUGGGCUACGGGGUGCCGAUACGGGCGUCCGGCGCCGACGUACAGAGGAUGACCAUGUACGGGGCGCCGCCGCCGCCGCGGCUGCCCGCCGACUACCCGGACCAGAGGUUCCCGGCGCAGCCCCGGCUACAGGUGCGUGCCGAGCUGCGAGGCGUACUGGCGCCGGACCGCCGUCCGCCUGCCGCAGCGCUCAGGGACGGUACACUGUCAGUAGCCGGUUCCCCUCAACCGUUCAAGCCUAUCACCGAGGAGCCGAGUAUUAUCACCAGAAUGCCGCAUAUGAUCAAUCAGCAAUACAGGGGUCCGAUGAUGUACCCGGGCGGCAACUCGGCGUACGGCCCCCGCGGGCAGAACGUGGGCAUGUACCCGCUGCACCCGGGCAUGGGCCCGGCCGCCGGCCGCCAGUACCCGCCGCAGUACUACCCCGCCCUCCGCGCGCCGCCCUACCCGCUGCGGGCCGCCGCCGCGCACGCGCACGCCUUCCCCGCGCCGCCCCCGCACCCGCACGGCUCGCCCGGCCCCGGGCCCGGCCCCGGCCCCGGCCCCGGCCCGCUGGCGGCCCUGCGCGGCCCCGUGCCCGUGCCCGUGCCCGUGUCGCCGGCCGCCACGCCGCCCGCGCCCACGCCGCCCGCCGGGGCCCCCGAGCCGCCCAUCAAGAUCAAGGCCGAGGUGAAGACCGAGCCCGAGUACCGGACGCCGCCCGCGUCGCCGCGCCCGCCGUCGCCGCGCGACGAGCUGCCGCGCAACCACCCCAAGAUCAAGCACACCGAGAACAAGGACCGGCGGCCGCGGUACCCGCUCGGCCCGUACGCGCCGCAGUACGCCUCGUACGGGCCGUACGCGCCCGACCUGGGCCUGCAGCGGCCGCCGUACCAGCCGCCGCCGCCGCGGCCGCCGCCGUGCCCGCCGUACGCGGAGGCGCGGCCGGCGGCCGAGCGGCCGGACGGGCCGCGGCCGGCCACAGCGCCCGACCACAGUAUUAUCAAGCGCGAGGCGGGCGAGGAGGGCGGCGUGUUCGGCGGCCUCGUCAGCUACUUCUCGAGCCAGCACGCGGACGACAUGGACGCGUAGGCCGGCCCGCGCCUCGCCCGGGGUUGCUACUAGCGAAAUGUAUAGGAAAGUUUUAUUGCCAGUAAAAAAACUGAAAGUGUACCGUUUCAUCCUUACUACUCUCUUUUCUAUUUUCUUUAGAAUAGCAGUUUUUUUUUUAUAAUUCCUACAUGGAAUUGAGAGAAAAGGUCACAUAGGAUAUAUUGUUCAAUGGAAUUUAAAGCGAUCUUUUGAUAUUGGUGAUUAUGCUUCUCUCAAACAUUGGCGGCUUCCGGGCACCACCAAAACAUGAACAAGGCUGCUACUUUUCUAACAUAUAAAAACAGAAAUUUCUUCCUUGUUUAAUACAAAAUAGAGUAGACAUAUGCAUAUAUAAUUAGCAAAAUGCAUCACCAUUGUUUCUGUGACGAUUUAUAAUAGAAAAUAAUGGUUUUUCAUUAAUCUUAUAAAUUUAUUCUUAUUCAAUACUAAGCUUAGUUGACUAAAAACUAUUGUUGCUCCUAGUAAUCUCGACGGCUACGUCUUCAGUUUUUGUACUUGUAGUCAAACGGGUGAAAGUAAUCCUACUAUUCCUACCAUAAUGGCAAUAUUUAGUAGUAAUUCCGAGGGACGCUCGCCGCGACCUCUGCCGGAACACUUGUAUAUAAGAUACGAUAGAUAAUUUUAUUUAUACGACGGCGAGUACACGCCCCGCGUAGUUUGUACCCUAUGUAUGAUAUUAUAAUAACAAAUUUAGAGAUGUAACGAAAAUGAAAUGAGUCUUUUUGGUCUCGAAUAAACGAUGUAUUAUUAUUUUUGGUUUUGUUUAAGUGAGAUUUAUUUAUAUAUACAUACAAAUGAUAAGUACUUACUGUAUACUCUAAAUAUGAAUUUUAUUAAAAGAUUAAUAAAAUAUGAUUUUGCAGAAUAAAUGUUUUCUUCUAAAA